UUUUAGUGUGAUUUUCCUGAUUCGUUUAUGGGGGUUUCCCAAAUUUGUUGAACUCACUUGAAUGAAAUAAAUGAAUUAUAAAUGUAAAAACCUGUGACCUUAGUGGUAUUACAUAACCUCAAAAGUCGCGCGUUUUGUAUCACAGUUGUGAUACAAUGAACCGUCUCGAACUCACGUUUGCAAUUUUGAAACCUCACGUCAUAAAACAGCCCCUUGCUGUUGAAAAAAUACGAAAUAUAAUCCUAACCUCGAACUUCAAAGUGGUCAAAUCAAAAAGACACACAAUUCAGCUUCACGAAGCCGAAUCGUUUUACCACGAACACAAAACCAAAUUCUUCUACAAACGCUUAGUUACGUUCAUGACCAGUGGCCCGUCCGAUUUUUAUAUUCUAGCCCGGGAAGAUGCGAUCAAAACGUGGCGCCAACUCAUGGGCCCCACUAAAGUAUUCAAGACACAAUUCGAGGCCCCCGACUCGAUUCGGGGCCAAUUCGGGCUCUCGGACACCAGAAACGCGACACAUGGCUCAGACUCACCCGAGUCGGUAAAGAAGGAAAUCGGCCUGUUCUUCCCCCACUUCGACAUCGAACAGUGGUACAAACUUGACGAGCCCAAAUUUAGACUAAACCAAACUGAAUUUAUUAAAGAGAAUUUUGUACACAUAAUAAAAUAAACAAUCACGCAUCAGCUUUAACAAACA